UGCCUCACUCGAAACACGCGGGAGACGACCGUGCUCCCUUCUGCUUGUAUUUUGCCAGCUAACAUCGGAAGCAGUGCUCGUAGCUUCUGCGGAGCUUGACGGUCUCGGUUCGGCACAUUCUCCAGCAGUCAGUCAAAGCCGCGGACAGCCAGCCAGCGUACGGAUUACGGAAUAUACUGCGGAGGACAUUCUCACACAUUUCUCCUGCCGCCGCGCGUCCAGCCCGCUUAGGAAGUGUCAGCAUGUCCAGUGAGGUGCAGCCGAGGCCGGACGACAGCCCCAACACCAGUGGGGGAAGCUCAGAUGCUGAGCAGAGGGAGGCGGCUCCUCCGGAGCAGCCGGGCCCCGAGCAGCGGGACCAGACCCAGCCCAAGAAGAAGGAGGCCAAAAUCUCCAGCAAGACCGCUGCCAAGCUCUCCACCAGCGCCAAGAGGAUCCAGAAAGAGCUAGCAGAGAUAACCUUGGACCCGCCGCCAAAUUGCAGCGCCGGUCCUAAAGGAGACAACAUCUACGAGUGGAGGUCGACCAUCCUGGGCCCUCCAGGCUCCGUGUACGAGGGAGGAGUGUUUUUCCUGGACAUCGCCUUCACACCAGACUACCCCUUCAAACCACCCAAGGUGACGUUCCGUACGAGGAUCUACCACUGUAACAUCAACAGUCAGGGGGUGAUCUGUCUGGACAUCCUGAAGGACAACUGGAGUCCUGCCCUCACCAUCUCCAAGGUCCUACUGUCCAUCUGCUCCCUGCUCACUGACUGCAACCCUGCCGACCCUCUGGUUGGAAGCAUCGCCACACAGUACCUGACCAACAGAGCUGAGCACGACAGGAUAGCCAAACAGUGGACCAAACGCUACGCCACAUAGACCAGCAUGACUCAUCCAGGACCUGCCCCAACCCACCCAUCAUAUACACACACACACACACACACACACACACACACACAAACACACACCUCCCCUCCUCUGAAAUCUAUGGAAGCACACCCGCCCCUGUCACCCCCCCCGCC